AUUCCAUGGACUUUGGGACAAAAGGAGUUGUUGCGGCUGCAUCGAAUCCAACAAAGUCGUUCCUCGAAACGACCGUGAGCCCCGAACAGCUACAACAUCGUCUCCAUUGCAAGAUCAUAUCAAAUCUGGAAAACCGAAAAAACCUUCGAAAUCUUCCAAGUUUUUGGCUGCCCUGAUUCCGCCAUGUUCGCGAAGCGACUGUUCGAGAAAGCGAUCCACAGUCCUCCUCCCCAGGGUGAUGCACAGCAUGGCAAUUCAGCAUGGAAGGAUUUGGAUUUGCGCGUUUAUGUCCACUAUGGGGUCCCAUCCACAGCUUCAAUUCUUGCUUUUGACCCCAUUCAGCGCCUCUUGGCGAUCGGUACCCUAGAUGGCAGGAUCAAAGUGAUAGGCGGUGAUGGCAUUGAAGGACUUUUCAUAUCUCCUAAACCACUUCCUAUCAAACACUUAGAGUUCCUGAGGAACCAGGGAAUUUUAGUCAGUAUCUCGAACGACAACUUCAUUCAGGUGUGGAAUCUGGAGAGCAGAAGCCUAGCUUCUUGUUUACAAUUUGAAUCAAACAUUACAGCUUUUUCUGUAAUCGCAGGCUCCAACUUCAUCUAUAUUGGUGAUGAGCAUGGUUUGCUUUCUGUACUAAAAUGCGAUGCUGAAAGUGGAGAACUUUGCCAGUUGCCCUAUCACAUUCCUGCAACUACGAUAAGCAAAGUUUUGGGAAUUUCAUGUCCGGAUGAUCAUCAUCCGAUUGUUGGAGUUCUCCACCAACCAUGUCUAUUGGGGGAUAGAGUACUUAUUGCAUAUGAGAGUGGGCUGCUUAUUCUUUGGGAUGUUUCUGAAGGUCAGAUUCUUUUCACUGGGGGGGGUAAAGAUCUCCAUUUGAAGGAUGGAUUUGCCAAUUCUGCUCUCAAAGACGAUAAUCUUUCAGAUGAUACAUCUGGAUGCGAUCUUGGGGAGAAAGAAAUCAGUGCUCUAUGUUGGGCAUCUUGUGAUGGGUCCAUUGCUGCUGUAGGAUACGUAGAUGGAGAUAUUUUGUUCUGGAAAACAUCUUCUUCUUCCAUCAAUAAAGCCCCGGGGGACAAUUUGCCGUCAAGUGAUGUUGUUAGGCUGCGAUUGUCAUCUGAGGAGAGGAGACUCCCUGUCAUUGUCUUGCAGUGGUUUCCAACCAAGAAAUCUCACAACUAUAACGGCCUUCUCUUUGCCUAUGGUGGUGAUCAGAUAGGGGCUGAAGAAGUUUUGACAGUUUUAAAUCUUGAAUGGUCAUCGGGGGCAGAAACUCUGAGAUGUACCGGUCGUGUUGAUCUCACCUUAGCUGGCUCUUUUGCGGACAUGAUUUUGUUACCAAGUGUUGGAGCAGGGGGUAGCCGAAGUGCUGAUCUUCUUUUAUUGACCAAUCCUGGGCAACUGCAUUUUUACGAUGACUCCUACCUUUCUACCUUGAUGUCUCAACAUGAGAGAAAACCAUCUGUUUCUGCUUUAGAGUUUCCUACAGUAAUACCAUUGAGAAAUCCAUUGCUGACUUCCGCAAGGCUUUAUAAGUUACCAGAAUGCUCAUCAAAGGACCUCUCAAAGAUAAGUUCAGUGGCCAGACCAGCAGCUUCCAUACAUGGUGGAUCAGAUUGGCCCUUGACUGGAGGUGUGCCUUGUCAAUUAUCAAGUACUGAAGAGAGUGGAAUUGGCAGAGUCUACAUAGGUGGAUAUCAAGAUGGAUCUGUGAGGAUGUGGGAUGCGACACACCCUAUCUUGUCUUCUAUUUUUACUUUGCAAGGACAGGUGCAAGGUAUUCAAGUGGCUGGUUUAACUGCAUCAGUUUCAUCUUUAGACUUGUGUGUUUUCACACUGAAUUUGGCUGUUGGCAACGAAAGUGGCUUGGUGGUCAUAUAUAAUCUCAAGAGUGGGACAACUGACAAAAACUUUCACUUCAUAACAGACUCUAAACAUGAAGUGCACCCUUUGCUUUCAGAAGAGGCAUGCCAGUGUAAAGCUGUGUUUUCUCUUUUCAACUCUCCAGUUCAAGUAUUACAGUUUGUGAAUCAUGCAACCAAACUCGCUGUCGGAUUUCAGUCUGGUCAAGUUGCAGUGCUUGACAUGGGUCCAGUAUCAGUUUUAUUCUGCUCAGACUGUUCAUGUGGCUCUCUCUCACCUGUCGUUUCCAUUUAUUGGAGAUCAUCCAGUAACAUUGAUAAUACACUGAAGAGUGAAAAGAUUGCGGAAGUGAAUAUGCAAACUGAUCCUAUAGAUGAGCUUGUAUUUGUAUUGACCAAGGAUGCAAAGAUUCUUAUUAUAGAUGGUGGCACGGGUAAACGGAUCAGUUCUCGUCCACUGCUCUUGAAAAAGAAAUCUACUCCAAUUGCCAUGUAUGUUAUAGAUGACAACAUUUCAGUCUCUUCAGAGCAGUCAGCUAAGGACACUCCUUCGUCCAGGAAAGAUGCUACUACUGAAGGAAAAGUUGCAAAAGAAGCAUGUUCAGCGGGGAGAUUGCUGGAUUCACUUUUACUGCUAUGCUACGAAGAUUCCUUGUGCCUCUACUUGACAAAAUCUGUCAUUCAGGGAAAUCAUAAAACUAGUCGCAAAGUGAAACAUGCAAAGCCUUGCUGUUGGACUUCAACUUUAAGGAAAGAUGGGAAAGUUAGUGGGCUGGCCAUGCUAUACCAGACUGGAGACCUUGAAAUCAGAUCUUUGCCCAAUUUAGCUCUGGUGAAAGUAAGCUCUUUAGUGGCAAUUCUAAGGUGGAAUUUCAAGGCAAACAUGGACAAGAUGAUGGCUUCUGACGGUUCACAGAUUGCCCUGGCAAAUGGGUGUGAAUUGGCUCUCAUCUCUCUUGAAGAUGAAGAUGAUCUCAGAUCAUUUUGUAGGGCCUUGGAAGCUUUGCCUUGUCUCCAUGAUCAGGUUCUUGCUGCUGCUGCAGAUGCUGCACUCACUUUCUCUAGUCAGAAGAAAAAACAGGCUUCAUCACCAAGAAUUCUGAGGGGCAUUGUGAAAGGAUUUAAAAUGCGAGAAGCAGCAAACAAGGGGAAACACGCUGCGACUUCAAAAUCUGGUGUUACUCAUUUAGAGGAUGUAUUCUCAAAAUCUCCAUUUGCAGACCAGUUACCAACCCUUAGAAAUAAUCAGGAAACUGUGGAUCCAUCUUCUAGCACAAAUGAUCAGGAAGUGGAGCUUAGCAUAGAUGACAUUGAAAUUGAUGAUCCUGCACCAAUGGCGUCUGCUUCAGUCUAUAAACCCCAAAAUCAAGACAACAGAACGGAAAGGGAGAAGUUAUUCGAAGGCGCAACGGAUGUCAUGGAACCUAGACUCAGGACACCCGAAGAAAUAAUUGCUAAAUAUCGGAAAAGGGAUCCCGCCGCUGUGGCUGAACAGGCAAGAAACAAGCUUCUUGAAAGGCAGGCGAAACUGGAGAGAAUCAACCAGCGCACUGCAGAACUGCAAACUGGAGCUGAAGAUUUUGCUUCACUAGCCAAUGAGCUUGUCAAGGUCAUGGAAAGUCGAAAAUGGUGGCACAUAUGAGCAAAACAUUUCUGUUACGUCACUAUGCAUCCAUCCACCGGUGGCUAUCUUGUUCAAAUACAUGGGUGGCCACCAACUGUUGUCCAAAUGAGUGUGCAGAUGGCAUCAACUGUGGAAGUGGAGCUUGUCAGUUAAAAGGUGCCACAAGGUAGAUGCUACUGUUCUCUCCUGAAGUUUCGAAUCUUCUUUCCUGUAAAGCAAUCAAUGGUCAUGGACUCUCCUUUUCUCUUGGUAAAAUAGUUGAUAGAAGAAUGUCAUUGCGCUGAUUUUUGACAGGAGAAGUACAAUGAAAUAAAUAUGAAGAAUAUGAAUUAUGUUAUGCUAGUCAAUAUCGAUCGAUGGUUCCUAGACCAUCAGUGAA